AUGUUAACCGAUUUUGCAGUUCGAAGAAAAGAUCGCAUCAUCUUUGUUGCUAUCUUUGCUCUAAUCGCAUUUUGGCUCCACCAUCGCGCCCAAGAACCCACACCCAUCGAGCCUCCAACCUAUAGAGCGCCCCUUGAAUUUGAAUCAUCGGGUUUUGACUGGACUCAUGCAAAGCAGUACUUUCCCGUUGAUUCAUUAACACCUCUGCCGAAGGGAAAGCCUGAAAAGCUUCCCUUGGUACAGCAUCAGUUUAGCAAGACUCACACGGAAGAUGCUACUACCAAGCAGCGUCGCGAAGCUGUUCGUGAAGCUUUUAUAAGAUCAUGGAAAAGCUACAAGGAUCAUGCUUGGCUUCACGACGAGUUAUCACCGGUGAGCGGCGGUUUCAAAGAUCCGUUCGGAGGAUGGGCAGCGAAUCUUGUCGAUUGCCUUGACACACUCUGGAUCAUGGACCUGAAAGAGGAAUUCUACGAAGCUGCUGCCGCCGCCGUGCGACUGGAUUGGAGUGUUACUACGGAGUCAGGAAUCAACCUUUUUGAGACUACGAUCCGGCAUUUAGGCGGUCUCCUUGGUGCAUAUGACUUGAGUAACGAGCCAGCGUUGCUGGAAAAAGCGGUGGAAUUGGGCAAUAUGUUAUACAUGGCAUUUGACACGCCGAAUCGUGUUCCUGGGUUUUGGCUUACUUUUGAAGACGCGAAGGCUGGAAGACAAGUCGCUGGUUCAGGGCCAACAUCUCUAUCACUUGAAUUUACUAGACUGUCUCAACUCACGGGGGACGAUAAGUAUUACGAUGCGAUAGAGCGUAUCAGACAACUUCUAGAGCGCACGCAAGAGCAGUCGCUUUUGCCAGGAAUGUGGCCGACCAUGGUCAAUUUUCGGGAGGGAACUGUCAAGGAAGAUAAUUCUUUCUCGCUUGGUGCCCUUGCCGAUUCGCUUUAUGAGUAUCUACCAAAAAUGGUAGUACUCCUUGGUGGACGCGAAGGUUCUGCGUCUUACGAGAAGAUGUAUCGAAGAGCCAUGGAUGUCGUGAUCAAAUACGUGCUAUUUAGACCCAUGCUCCCGGAGAAGGACAAUUUCUUGUUUGCGGGCACUACUUUCGUUCACCAAGAUGGGAUUCAUCUUGUUCCUGAAAUGCAACAUCUCACCUGCUUUAUCGGUGGAAUGUUUGCCCUUGGUGGUAAAAUUUUUGGGAUUGAUGAGCACAUCGACAUUGGAGAUCGUGUAGCCCGUGGGUGUGGUUGGGUGUAUCAAUCAUUCCCUACUGGAGUCAUGCCAGAAAUAUAUGCUCUCAUGGAAUGCCCCUCGCUGGAACCAUGCGAUUGGGACAACGAGAAGUGGCAAAUGGAAGGUGAUCAAUCCUUGACUCAUGGCUUCCGGCAUGCUCGAGACCCACGGUAUUUACUUCGGCCCGAAGCUAUUGAAAGUAUUUUCAUUAUGUAUCGAAUGCAAGGGAAGGAAGACCUGCGGGAAACGGCGUGGACUAUGUUUGAGAGCAUCAUGAAGUCAACUCAGACGCCUUUCGCAAAUUCAGCUAUCAGCAAUGUAACAGUCAGCGGUGAGACGGAGAAGGAGGACUCCAUGGAGUCUGGAUGA